AUGGGCCUCUCCGCGGCAGACGAUGGCUCCACUGCGCAGGCCAGUCAACCCCGGUUUGGGGCCAGGUACACUUCAUUUCACGCACGUGUGGUCCCCUACGUGCUCAUCGACCCCGUUGAAGAAGCCAUUCGUGCACUAGCUGCCGAAGGAGACCCUCCGAGCCUCGCAGGCUGUGCCCUGGUCUGUGUAUCGUGGUCUACUCGCAGUCACCGCCAGUUCUGGAACAAGCUCACCGUUUCCAGCGACGAGCAAGUGCGCGGGAUUUGCAACCAUCCGAGCGCCGCGGAUGGCAGCUCUCCAGUGUCGUCACUGGCGUCGCUUGGUCACCCGACGGCAUGCAAGUGCUCGUUUAAGAUGCCGUUGCGCACGUCCACGUCUUCGACCGUACGGUCCGCCUUCGCGCGCCUGCCCUCCUUCCCUCUCCCGUCCGCAGACGAGAUCGACGAGAUCGCAGUGCUCAGGGACGACGGCACCACGACCCGCUCGGCACAGGUCUCGUCUUCCUUCGACGGCCAGUAA